AUGCAUCGGGUGUUGGGAGGAUGCUCCCACUACCUGGCAUCAGGUGGCCGAGGGAAGGGCUGGUCCCUGCCACCCCGGCGCCGGGGCAGUCAGCGCUCCCAGGGCUUUCUGCGCUGGGUGGGUCCCCACCGCCCGCUCCUGCCCGACGCCCGCGGCUUCCCAACGCUCCCCGCCCCGCACGCUCCUCCGGGGCUGCGCCUCUGGGGCCUGGCCUCGGGGGCGACAGCCCACAGACACACCCAGUGUAGCCGCCUCCCGCCCCGCCCCGGGCGCCCCCGCAGACCGCUGAGAGCCAGCCUCUCUCCUGCCCAGCGGCUGGUGUUCCACGUCCACUGUGUCACGGGCCUCGUGCAGGUGCUGCAGCCGGCGGGGGUCAGAUUCGCAGGCCGCGCGGAGGCCCGAGGGCCCGGCUGGGUCCGCGGAGAGCAGAGGCGCGCGGGCCGAGGCUCGCCGGCUCCUCGGGGGCGCCUCACCCGGUUCCCCUCGCGAGUUUUCCUUUCAGAUUUCCCGCGGCCCCAGCUCGCCCGGAAGGUGAGCCUCGCGCCUCCGCCCUCCCGGAGAGGGUCGGAACGGGGGAGCGGGCGCGGCGACUUCCCCGCCUCGGCCCGGCGCCGCCAGAGGCGGGCGCGGGCGGGGUGCCCCGGCUCGCCUUUGUCGCCUGCGGGGUCGCUGAGGGCCUCGCCGCGGGCGGGAGCGCCGGCCGGUGCCCGCCGGACCCCGGACCAGCCCCGGAGCGCGGCCGAGCACCGGAAGUCCUCCAAGCCCGUCAUGGAGAAGCGGCGCCGAGCGCGCAUCAACGAGAGCCUCGCUCAGCUCCAGAGCCUCCUCCUGGACGCCCUCAGGAAAGAGAGCUCCCGCCGCUCGAAGCUGGAGAAGGCGGACAUCCUGGAGCUGACCGUGAAGCACCUUCGGAGCCUGCGGCGCGUGCAGGUGACAGCCGCCCUCCGCGCCGACCCGGCAGUCCUGGGCAAAUACCGCGCCGGCUUCCACGAGUGUCUGGCCGAGGUGAAUCGCUUCCUGGCCGGCUGCGAGGGCGUUCCGGCCGACGUGCGGUCCCGCCUGCUCGGCCACCUGGCGACCUGCCUGGCCCGGCUGGGGCCCUCGCGCCGCCCGCUUCCACCGGCCCCCGCCGCCGAAGUUCUGGCGCCCGCGGUUUACGCGGGCCGCUCGCCGCCGCCAGCCUUCGACGGCCCCUGCCCCUUGCCGCGCUCCGGGGCGGUCUUGGCGCCGCCCUUCCUGCCGGGCCGGACGGGGGCGCCCCUCGCCGCCCCCGGGGCCGCGGCUCAGGGCCGGGGCGCACCCUGGAGGCCGUGGCUGCGGUGA